GGGGUGUGGAUGGUUUGUGACCCACUCACCCGAUUUUGCCCCUCACCGGCCAGGAGACGUGGGCUUGGGCUCGGCGGCUGGGACCAGGCAACCUUUCGGCUCGGGUGGGCCCGCGGAACCCUCUCCAGUGCCGCGGGAAUAGGACCGCGCAAACGCGGAGCCUUCGCUUCGAGAAAAGGCAGGGGACGCCCCCUCACCGGCCGGCAGGGUCGCUCCCCGGCUGAGCAGGGGGCGAAGGCUUCUGAGCGGAGGACCCGGGUCUGCCCGGCCCCCUGCCCACGAAAGUUUCCUGUGUCAGUGCCUGUCUUUUUCGCCUCUUCGCCACAGUUUCCUUUUCUGUAAAUCGGGGUUAAUGACGUUAACCUUCUCACCAUCAGGGGUUAGUUGUGGGAGUGAUAAAUAAUUACUACUAUUUAUUUACUGAACAGUUGCAAUGUGCCUGUGCCAGGCACUCUGCUAAGUAUUUUGCUUCGAUAAUUUCCCGUCAUCUUUAAAACAACUUGAUGAGUGUGGACCCCGUCAGCAGCCAGGCCAUGGGACUCUCUGAUGUCACCCUUAUUGAGGGUGUGGGUAAUGAGGUGACUGUGGUGGCAGGUGUGGUGGUGCUGAUUCUAGCCUUGGUCCUAGCUUGGCUUUCUACCUACGUAGCAGACAGCAGUAACAACCAGCUCCUAGGCACUAUUAUGUCAACUGGCGACACAUCCGUCCUCCACCUGGGGCAUGUGGACCAUCUGGUGGCGGGCCAAGGCACCCCAGAGCCAAAUGAACUCCCCCAUCCAUCAGAGGGUAAUGAUGAGAAGGCUGAAGAGGCUGGAGAAGGUGGUAGAGACUCUACAGGGGAUCCUGGAGCUGGAGGUGGUAUUGAGCCCAACCUUGAGCAUCUGCUUGACAUCCAAGGCCUGCCCAAAAGACAAGUGGGCCCAGAGAGCAGCGGUCCAGAAGCCCCUGUGAGAUCUGAGGAUAGCACCUGCCUGCUUUCCAGCCCUGGCCUCAUCAAUGUGCGGCUCAAAUUCCUCAAUGACACGGAGGAGCUGGCUGUGGCCAGGCCGGAAGAUACUGUGGGUACACUAAAGAGUAAAUACUUCCCUGGACAAGAGAGCCAGAUGAAACUGAUCUACCAGGGCCGCCUGCUGCAGGACCCAGCCCGCACACUUCGUUCCCUGAACAUUACCAACAACUGUGUGAUUCACUGCCACCGCUCACCUCCAGGGUCAGCUGUUCCAGGCCCCUCAGCCUCCCUGGCCCCCUCAGUCACUGAGCCCCCCAGCCUCGGUGUCAGUGUGGGCAGCCUCAUGGUGCCUGUGUUUGUGGUGCUGUUGGGUGUGGUCUGGUACUUCCGUAUCAAUUACCGCCAGUUCUUCACAGCACCUGCCACUGUCUCCCUGGUUGGGGUCACUGUCUUCUUCAGCUUCCUAGUAUUUGGGAUGUAUGGACGAUAAGGACAUAGGGAGAAAAAUGAAAGGCAUGGUCUUCCUCCUUUAUAGCCUCCCCCUUUCCUGGCCAGAGCUGGGCCCAAGGGCCUGGGAGGGAGGGGUGGAAAGGAUAUGUUGGGUCCUCUUCCACAGGACAAAGGAGGCCGGUGUGGGGCCUCUCCUUCAUGUCCACGAGGGUAGAGAGAUCCCCUCUGUGCAAGCACAACUCAGGUAGAAACGAGGGUGUCAUCUUCCUUUUUUAGGGUCCUGAAGUUCAGAGCCACCCUGGUGGCCCAGCUCAGUGGGGAGCCUGGGCUCAGGAUUUCCUCCUGUGACCCUAACUCUUCCCAUUGUCCUGCAUGUUUGUUCCUCAGCAUUCAGGGCCGCCUGCCAGGGCAGUGUAGCGUGGCCCCAGCAUAAUUCUGUAGGGAGCCUGGGGUGUCUUUCAGUUUAGUGGAAUAUCCAUCUUCUGACUGAAAUCACACAGGCAGGAAUGAAGGUUGUGUCAGCUUGUCCUAUAGGCACCUAGCUGCCCUGCCCUCUCCCUUCUCCCUCUACCCCUGUAGCAGGAAUAGAGUGUUCUCCAUGUUCUGGACAGUUUCCAGUGUUCUCCCUUUUUUCAAAGCACUUUGCUUGUAUUCUUUUUUUUUUUUUUAAUAGUCCUUUAUAGAGCUCUGUCAGGAAGGGGAUUGGGGCACAAAGCCAAGCCCCCAGCAUUGGGAGAGGCCAAGCCACAGCUGCUGCUACCCUAGGCCUAAGGCUGUAAGCAAGAACCGGCUCUGGCUCUCAGCCAGUGACCUGCACUGCCCAGCUCCAAGGAGCUCUGGGUAUGGAGCACUGUGCCCCGGGCCCUUGUCUCUGGGGCUGUUGGAUGGAGGGCCAGUGUCUGUGACUGAAUAAAGUUCCAUUUUGUGGC